AUGUCUACUUCAACAACCAUAUUAUCAUCUUCUUCAAAUUAUGAUUCUUCAUUACCGAAUACUAUAACCUCGCCACCUAGCGUAUCAAGUCAUACCCAAUUAGUUGAAUGGGUGCCAUUACAAACAAAUAAUACAAUUAUAAUGGUACCAGGAACAUCAGUUUGGAAUAUGAAUGAUUUUCCUCCUGGCUCUUCACAUUAUUCAAUUGAUUUUAGUAUAUCUAAGAAUCCUUAUUAUUUCUAUCAAACUCAAGUUUUACCUAUUUAUAAUUUCACAAAUAAUGGAACUUCAAGUAUAUCAUUUGGUCAAAUUCAAAUUUAUGUUAAUGAUAUUGAAAGUUCAUCAAAAAAAAAUGGUGGUGAUGAAUCUUUUAAAGUUUCUUCAUUUUUAAUAUGUUUGUUUCUAUUUAUAAACACAUUUUUAGGUUAA